AUUUUCACAAUUAUCAUAGAAACUCUACCACAGACAUUGAUGAACUUUCGCAGGAAAAAGAAAUAACGUGUGUGAUAGUAAAUGCUAGCGCAUCACAUCUGAAUUAUGAUCUUUCGUUGACGAUUGUAAAAAAUUUGAAUGUAAAUUUCUAGUUAAACAUUUAGUUUAACUAAAAUCCAAUGGAAGUCGAAAAUAAAGCAACAAUUUUAUCAAAUGACUGUGGCAAUGUUUGCCGUGUUUGUCUUGCAACAAAUCAAAAUAACCAAUAUAUUUUCGAUGGUAAGCGUAUCGUUUUUGAUGGUAAUUUGAUUAACGAAGAUAUAAUUGAUUUGUCCGAAAAACUUCGUUUGUGUACCGGUGUGGAGAUAUUGGAGAAUGAUGGUUUACCUUCCACUAUUUGCACAAAAUGUAUAUUAAAAAUCAAUGAUGCCCAUGAAUUAAGAAAGCAAUGUCAACAAUCUGAUAUCCGAUUAAGAGAAUUGUAUGGUAAAGUGGAAAAAAUUUAUAACAUCAAUUUAUGUAAGACUACAAAAGAUCAAUAUUGUCAGACUAAUUAUUCAUUUACUUCUGAUUUAAUCAAAAUUGAAAACAAUUCAUUUUCUGCAAUGGGUUAUAAUUCCUAUCCAACGGUAAUUCUUAAUUCUGAUACUAAAGACAUAAAAGAUCAUGAAGUGAUUAAUGAAUCAAAGUAUACAGAAGAAAAAGAAUCCAAUAGUAACCGAAAUAAACAAAAAGCUUAUAUCAAAUGUAAGCAAGCAGAAUAUGAAAAAAAUAUUACAGGGAAGGAAGUUUAUCGAACAAGAAGAAUGACAAUGUUUAAAAGAGUAACAUCUAUAGAAAAUUUAAAAAAUCACAAAGAACGACAAAGGCAAUAUAUAAAAAAGAAUACAGUUAUUAAAUGGGAUAAUGCAGCAGAUAUAAACAAAGUAGAUUCUCGAAGUUCUUAUAAUUGUCCAAAAUGUACCAGGUGUUAUUCCACCAAAAGGUCUUUGGAUAGACAUAUAUUAACUCAUGACGAAAAAAAAUUUACAUGUGAUAAAUGUAACAAAUACUUUUUUCAACUUGAUAAAUUAAUACAGCAUACUAAACUACAUAUUGUUAAGGAAAAACCUAAACCAGUAUUAUGUAAAAUAUGUAACAGAAAUUUUAGGAAAACUGAUACUAUGGUAAGACAUUUAAAUGUUCACAAAAGAACUAAUCCAAAGGAAGUCUUCUCUAUUCUGAAAGAAAUUAGAGAUAAAAGAAAAUUGGAGAACAUAAUUGAACCAGAAAAAAGAGAAGUGGGAAAUAAUAAAGAUGAAAAAGAAACGGAGGAAGAAAAUAUUAGUGAAAGUAUUACUUCACAUGUCCUUAAAAGAAAGUCUUUAGAAUCUAAAGAUAAAAAGUCUAAUUCUUUAUUAUCAGAGGUAACUAUUGAAAGCUUUGAUUCUUCUGAUUAUGAAGUACCUUAUCGAUGUAACUACUGUACUAAGCGUUGUGCGAACGAAAAAUUACUUCAAAAACAUUUACAGAUUCAUAUCGAAAAAAAAUUUGUUUGUAACGUUUGUAAUAUGAAAUUCUUCCGACAAGAUAGAUUAAACAGCCACAAGAAUCGAUAUGGACACAAUGAAGAUUCAGCAUUAGAAAUACAAAAACCAAGUGAUGACAAGUCAGCAAUUAAAUUAAUAAAUAGUUGGAUUCGAGAGGAACUUGAUUCAGAUAAUGAAGAAAAAGGUUUUCCUUGUAAAAUUUGUGGAAAAUCAUAUGAUACGAAAAAAUCUUUAUUGAAACAUCAAUUGAGUAUGCAUAAUAUAGGAGAAAACUGCACAUCGUGCGGUCAGAUGUGUGCUUGUGAGGAAAAGGAGAAAGACCAACAUAAAUCAAACGAAAGAUUAAAACCAUAUCGAUGCGGAGAAUGUAAUAAAUCCUUUGAGAAGGAAAUUAAAUUGCAAAAACAUAUAAGAAUUCAUGAACGUGCUAAAGAACAACAAGAUGUAAAUUUUAAGCGAUUUUUAUGUCAUAUAUGUAGCAAAACUUUUAGACAAAAUACAGGUCUCAUGUUUCAUAUGAGAACGCACACAGGAUACAAACCUCACGUUUGUAAAUACUGCGGAAGAGGAUUUACGUCAAAUUCUAAUUGCAUUAAUCAUGAAAGAACUCAUACUGGUGAUAGACCAUUUGUUUGUCAUUUCUGUAGUGCUGCUUUUGCCAAAUCAUGUACACUUAAAGCACACAUUACAACACAUACGGGAGAAGCAAAUUAUCAUUGUAAAACUUGCGGUAAAUCAUUUAGAAGAUUAAAGUAUUUGAAAGAGCACAAAUUUACCCAUACAGGAGAAAAACCAUAUGCUUGUAAAAUUUGUGGCACUGCAUAUAGCCAUUCUGGUAGUUUAUUUGUACAUGAGAAAAAGUGUAAAGCACAGUAUAACAGCUAUCAAUCUAAUUCAACACAAAAUAUGCAAACUUAUUGUGAAUCCGAGACGUCUUCACCAACUUCUAUUAUUACAGUUUUACCGCAGGUUUAUCUAAAUAAUACUAAUGCGAUAAACACACAAAAUAAUAAAACUUAUAUCGACAAUAUCCAAAAAAUAAAUUCUCAGAAUGUUGUUAAUGCAAAUGCUGUUAACACAACAGAUUUGCAUAUACAUACGAAUUCGGAUAUAUCUGAUGUUUCUUUAGCUGUUAAAAGUUUUGCUCUUAUUGGGCAGAUGUUUCAAUCCUAGAUUAAUACAAUGAAUGUUUGAAUUUCAAAUACAUAUUUCUGUGAUAAAGUUUUAUUUUAUAAAUAUAUUUCAGUUGUUAAGUGAAAGAUAUCUCGCAUUGAUAAAAAAGAAUGAUAAAUGUAUGAAAUGUUUUUUUAUUAUAUUUUUAAAUUUAAAUGCUUUAUUACAUUAUAACUCGU